ACUAAAAAGGAGAUUUUAUUUAUACAAAGAAUUUAAUGCAUUACACCUGAUACACGAAAUAUUUAAAAAUUUAGAUGAGAGACAUAAAAUGAAAGCACAAGUCGAGGAAAAUAAAGCCCUAGAGGGCACCUCUAAAACCCAGGAACUCUGCAAAAUCUUGCAAAAACGGAUGAAGAAGGGUGAAGAAAACAAUAUCAGUCAUUUAGAACACGAAGAUAUAAUUUAUGAUGAUCCCCAGAUCAUUAGUGAACUCCUGAGUGAGUGGUUCUCCAAUAACACCAAAGCACAUCCGUCCCCAAUUCUCGACAUAACCUGCAAAAAUAACUACAAGUUAGGUGAAAUAAACUUUAAUAUACAAAAUAUAGCAUCGGCGGUAAGGACAUUAAAAGCUAACAGUAGUUGUGGGAUAGACGAUAUACCAUCCGUCAUAUACAAAAACGGUGGUACGGAUAUGAUUGUAUUAUUACUUAGAAUAUUUAAUAUCUCACUAGUGACCGAAACCUACCCUGAAACUUGGAAAAACACAUAUAUAUUACCUAAGCAUAAAGGAGGGGCCAAAACUAGUGCAUGUAAUUAUAGGCCUAUCAAUAUAACACCAGUCAUAUCAAGGAUCAUGGAGAAAGUAAUCAAAGACCAAAUGUCAGACUACUUUCUAAAACAUAAACUCAUCAACCUGUCACAACACGGAUUCCUCAAGAAAAGAUCUUGCGUCACUUGCCAUAUAGACUUUUUCAACGAAGUCACCUAUAGAAGAGAUAGGAGAGAGCUAGUGAUUAUCCUCUAUUUCGAUAUAAGGAAAGCCUUCGACAGAGUCCCACAUAGUCUGUUAGUCGGUAGGCUAUGCUCACUAGGGAUACGCAACCCCCUCUACAAUUGGAUAAAAUCAUUUCUGUAUGACAGGAAUCAGACAACUAAAGUUGGCUCAAUGACCUCCAGACCUAGACCAAUCAGCAGUGGUGUCAUCCAGGGGAGUGUAUUGGGACCCCUUCUUUUCAUUAUAUACAUAAACAGUAUAUGUGAAUGUUUUAGUAUAGGCAAGCCAAUACUGUAUGCAGAUGACUUGAAGGUGACAUAUACCUGCACAAAUACAGAUAUCGGCCCAACUAUGAACUCCAUACAUGAAGAAUUAGCAAAAAUGGAUAGAUGGUGUGACACGUGGAGACUUGAGUUUAAUGUUGAAAAGUGUGGAUGGCUCUGCAUAGGCUGUUCCAACCUUGACCUCAACCUAGCAAUUCAGGGCCACAAAAUCCCCAGACUCAAAUCUGUACUAGACCUAGGACUGAAAUAUUCACACAAUCUAUCAUUUUCAGAGCAUAUCUCGAAUCAAGUGUCGAAAUCACGAAGGCUUAUUGGUUUCCUACUCAGGAACUUCUACAGAAACGAGUCCAGAAUACUACUGUACAAGGUAUGUGUGCGCCCACUCCUAGAUUACUGCUCAUUCAUAUUCAGCAGUACACGCAUAGAAGACAAACUGAAAGUAGAAGGAGUACAGAGGUACUUCACGCGAAAAGUACUCGGAACCGAUAACGGCACAAACUACUCUACCAGAUGUGAAAUCCUGGGACUAGAAACAUUAUGGUUAAGGCGACUGCGACUAAAUCUGUUACUCUUCUAUAAGCUUCUUAACCAAAUAGUGUAUACCCCUGCUAACUAUACUCGGUCCUCAGGUAACACAGGAUACAACCUUAGGCACACUAAAGGUACAGUGGCUAUAGAACCAUGUAAAACAGCCACCAGGCAAAAGUUUUUCUUGAUUAGGUAUGCCCAAAUAUGGAACAAACUACCUGAGAAAAUACGACUAGCAAGCACAUUGGCCUCCUUUGAAAAGGCACUUAAUGACACACUAAGUGAGUUUGUAAUUGAUACCAAUGGUAAUUCCCAUGUAAGAGUUUCAGAAAUCAUAGGCCCAUUUAAUGUAUGAACUCAGAGACUACACCUGUUGUUUGUUUUGUCUCUAUUUAUAAUUCCAGACAAAAAAGCAGCAGUCAUGACAAUAACACCCAUUCAACCAAGAGUCGAUCAAACUAUGUCUACCUGAUACAAAGGGCGAACCAUAAUCAACAUACGAAUGAAAUAUGAGAAAACAAGGUAGAAACUUACCGCAACACCACAUGAAAAGAUAAAAGUUACUUGGAUAUCAUUUAUAAUCCACCAACUGGUCUCCUACCCAAAAAGAAUGCGGCGAUGUUUUAUCCAAAAAGGCGAGGAAAUACAUAAACCCACAGCAGCUGUUGUUAACACUCAGUGGGGGUAGGAGCCAACAAAGUAAUCCUUUCAAAGCAUAUGUAUACUUCAAAUGGACACGGAGACUUUGUAGAUUACGUUAUAAUCCAAAUCACUGCCUCUACAGCGCCAAUAAACCUGGAUAUCUAUGAUGUAACGAAAACAUGCUGAAAGCUGCAUCUCAGAUCAAGUUGACUCAUGCUCACUAGGGAUAUGCAACCCCCUCUACAAUUGGAUAAAAUCAUUUCUGUAUGACAGGAAUCAGACAACUAAAGUUGGCUCAAUGACCUCCAGACCUAGACCAAUCAGCAGUGGUGUCAUCCAGGGGAGUGUAUUGGGACCCCUUCUUUUCAUUAUAUACAUAAACAGUAUAUGUGAAUGUUUUAGUAUAGGCAAGCCAAUACUGUAUGCAGAUGACUUGAAGGUGACAUAUACCUGCACAAAUACAGAUAUCGGCCCAACUAUGAACUCCAUACAUGAAGAAUUAGCAAAAAUGGAUAGCUGGUGUGACACGUGGAGACUUGAGUUUAAUGUUGAAAAGUGUGGAUGGCUCUGCAUAGGCUGUUCCAACCUUGACCUCAACCUAGCAAUUCAGGGCCACAAAAUCCCCAGACUCAAAUCUGUACUAGACCUAGGACUGAAAUAUUCACACAAUCUAUCAUUUUCAGAGCAUAUCUCGAAUCAAGUGUCGAAAUCACGAAGGCUUAUUGGUUUCCUACUCAGAAACUUCUACAGAAACGAGUCCAGAAUACUACUGUACAAGGUAUGUGUGCGCCCACUCCUAGAUUACUGCUCAUUCAUAUUCAGCAGUACACGCAUAGAAGACAAACUGAAAGUAGAAGGAGUACAGAGGUACUUCACGCGAAAAGUACUCGGAACCGAUAACGGCACAAACUACUCUACCAGAUGUGAAAUCCUGGGACUAGAAACAUUAUGGUUAAGGCGACUGCGACUAAAUCUGGUACUCUUCUAUAAGCUUCUUAACCAAAUAGUGUAUACCCCUGCUAACUAUACUCGGUCCUCAGGUAACACAGGAUACAACCUUAGGCACACUAAAGGUACAGUGGCUAUAGAACCAUGUAAAACAGCCACCAGGCAAAAGUUUUUCUUGAUUAGGUAUGCCCAAAUAUGGAACAAACUACCUGAGAAAAUACGACUAGCAAGCACAUUGGCCUCCUUUGAAAAGGCACUUAAUGACACACUAAGUGAGUUUGUAAUUGAUACCAAUGGUAAUUCCCAUGUAAGAGUUUCAGAAAUCAUAGGCCCAUUUAAUGUAUGAACUCAGAGACUACACCUGUUGUUUGUUUUGUCUCUAUUUAUAAUUCCAGACAAAAAAGCAGCAGUCAUGACAAUAACACCCAUUCAACCAAGAGUCGAUCAAACUAUGUCUACCUGAUACAAAGGGCGAACCAUAAUCAACAUACGAAUGAAAUAUGAGAAAACAAGGUAGAAACUUACCGCAACACCACAUGAAAAGAUAAAAGUUACUUGGAUAUCAUUUAUAAUCCACCAACUGGUCUCCUACCCAAAAAGAAUGCGGCGAUGUUUUAUCCAAAAAGGCGAGGAAAUACAUAAACCCACAGCAGCUGUUGUUAACACUCAGUGGGGGUAGGAGCCAACAAAGUAAUCCUUUCAAAGCAUAUGUAUACUUCAAAUGGACACGGAGACUUUGUAGAUUACGUUAUAAUCCAAAUCACCGCCUCUACAGCGCCAAUAAACCUGGAUAUCUAUGAUGUAACGAAAACAUGCUGAAAGCUGCAUCUCAGAUCAAGUUGACUCAUUCCAUGGUAAUGAUCUCCUCCUGCGUGCCUUAUUCGACAUAUUGAAUGGAAUGGUUCGCAGUUAUUCUGGUACUAGAUCGAAAAGAAUAAAAAAUUCACCGGUUGCUGAAUCAAAAGUACUUCUCUGCAUGUUUAACUGUAUUCUAACUGCUAUGAUUAAUUCCAAACCAUUUAUCCCAUAAUCACUCAAAUUCCAGGAACGAUCCAAUUCUACCAUUUAAAGAAGCUGGCGGACACGAUGUAAAUGAGUAUUCAUGAUCUGCAAUAAAGAAGCAACUGGUUUUCAACAUUUUACUCAACUUACGAGUACAGUCCGCCAUGCAGACACAAA